AUAACUGUGUAGUACCAAGGCAGAGCCAGUGCAGCACAGGAAGAGACAGAGCAAGGGGGAAUAUUAGGAGGUGGGGGGCAGGGAGACAGAGGGCUGCGGGAGCUAAACCGGCCAGCGCUCCAGCGCGCAUAUACAGGGCUUUUCCCGGGACAGCCAGGGGCGCUGCGCCUUUAACGCCUGGGUACAGUACUGCACAUGUAUGGGGGAACUCUAGGCGGGGUUAAAGUUCAGCUCAUGGAGCGGCUCAGCUGGCUGCACUUCGCAGAGUUGGAAAUGUGAAAGCAAGAAGCAGGCUUGGUUUUUUUCCCUCUCUCUUUCUUUCCCUUCCUUUCCCCCAAUAUACACCUCUGUACCACCAACAUAUCCCCCCCAAUUCUCUGGGCACCUCCAGCAGGCAUGUACUCUCCGCUCUGUCUGACCCAGGAUGAGUUCCAUCCCUUCAUUGAAGCACUUCUUCCUCACGUACGUGCAUUUGCUUACACGUGGUUCAACCUGCAAGCCCGAAAAAGAAAAUACUUUAAAAAACAUGAAAAGCGCAUGUCAAAAGAAGAGGAAAGAGCAGUAAAGGAUGAAUUGCUAAGUGAAAAACCUGAGGUCAAACAGAAAUGGGCAUCCAGACUCCUGGCAAAACUGAGGAAAGAUAUUAGGCCAGAGUACCGAGAGGAUUUUGUGCUCACAGUUACUGGGAAAAAACCUGCAUGUUGCGUUCUAUCCAACCCCGACCAAAAGGGCAAAAUGCGAAGAAUUGACUGUCUUCGUCAAGCAGACAAGGUCUGGAGGCUAGACCUUGUAAUGGUGAUUUUAUUUAAAGGUAUUCCACUCGAAAGUACUGAUGGCGAACGACUUGUAAAGUCUCCACAGUGCUCUAAUCCUGGUUUGUGUGUACAGCCCCAUCACAUAGGAGUUUCAGUCAAGGAACUCGAUUUAUACUUGGCAUACUUUGUACACUCAGCAGAUUCAAGUCAAUCAGAGAGUCCAAGCCAGCCUAGUGAGGCUGACAUUAAGGAGCAGCCUGAAAAUGGUCAUUUGGGCUUCCAGGACAGUUUUGUCACAUCAGGUGUUUUCAGUGUUACUGAACUUGUACGAGUAUCACAAACACCUAUUGCAGCAGGAACAGGUCCCAAUUUCUCCAUUUCUGAAUUGGAUAGUUCGUCAUACUACAGCAUGAGCCCAGGAGCAAUGAGGAGGUCACUGCCCAGCACGUCCUCUACUAGUUCCACAAAGCGCCUCAAAUCUGUAGAGGAUGAGAUGGACAGUCCUGGUGAAGAGCCAUUUUAUUCAAGCCAAGGACGUUCCCCGGGAAGUGGAAGUCAGUCAAGUGGAUGGCAUGAUGUGGAGCCAGGAAUGCCAUCGCCUACUACAUUAAAGAAGUCAGAGAAGUCUGGUUUCAGCAGUCCCUCUCCUUCGCAGACCUCUUCCCUUGGAACAGCAUUCACACAGCAUCAUCGACCUGUCAUUACAGGACCCAGAGCAAGUCCACAUGCAACUCCAUCAACUCUUCAUUUUCCAACAUCGCCUAUUAUCCAGCAGCCUGGGCCAUACUUCUCACACCCAGCAAUCCGCUAUCAUCCGCAGGAGACUCUGAAAGAGUUUGUCCAACUUGUCUGCCCGGACGCGGGUCAGCAGGCUGGACAGGUGGGGUUCCUAAAUCCUAAUGGUAGCAGCCAAGGCAAGGUGCACAAUCCAUUCCUUCCUACUCCAAUGUUGCCACCACCUCCUCCGCCACCAAUGGCUAGGCCUGUGCCUCUGCCUGUGCCAGACACAAAGCCUCCAACUACAUCUACAGAAGGAGGAGCUGCCUCUCCCACAUCACCAACCUACUCAACACCUAGCACCUCCCCCGCAAACCGAUUUGUCAGUGUUGGACCACGGGAUCCAAGCUUUGUAAAUAUCCCUCAACAGACACAGUCCUGGUACCUGGGAUAGAGGUCACAGAUUUCCAUCACGCACCUGACAGACCACCUGCCCCUUUCCGUCUCUGUAACCUGGAAGCAAGUAACAACACAGCACAGUUACUUCGUGUCAAUGGAAGGGGAGACAAACUCAUAUGUCAACAGGAAAACAACUUCGAAAAAAACUGUGGUCGCAUGACAAUGACCAUAAAGUUUCAAUCCUUUUUUUUUUUAUGUCACAUUGGAGUCUGGAGAAAUUCUUCUGAAAUUCUUCAUAAAAAAAAAAUGGUUGGGCUUCACUGUAUUUAAAGUGUUUUGUUAGUAGUAUAAACAUUAGGUUAUGCUGGAUAGGCUUAGUCUGAUGUUUUGUACUGAUUUGCUAUAAGACACUUGCCAUUUGAAGCUCGCCAUUUUCUCUGAAGCAUAUGCUUCUGUUAUUUCCAUGAGUGUGAUACUUCUCUAAGUCUUGUGAAGGAGCAGUCCAUAUAUAAUGAUAUGUGCUUCUACUCUGUAUAAGGGUACAGGCUGCAGAAAUCAUGAAAGUAGUCAAAGCCGUGCAUGUUUUAUUUAUAUAGGAUGGAGUGCAACUUAAGCUAAGUUAACAGGGGAGAAGAGAAAAAUAAACCUUGACCCCUACCGAAAUUAUGAAGUUGUUUUAACAACCACACCUGACAUAUUGUGUUGCGUGACAUAUCAAAUUCAAAAUGGCCGCCCUUCUUUUUUGACAAGGAGUAAUCACAUCCAUGACCCUUGAGGAAAGGUUCCUCUCGAGUUGCAGAACGAUGUAAAAGAGUAUGCUGAGAACUCCUAAUAUUCAACUUACAAAAUGCUGCACUUACACAUAAGCUUUUUUAAACAAAUUUUCAACAAUUACACAGAAACACAGCAACGGGGAAGAUGGUCUGUUUUGACAGAAACUGACAGGAAUUAAUCAUAACAUUCGUGUUUGGAUUGAGUAAAGUGCAAUUUCAUUGGAUAGGUAAAUAUCUUUGUAAGAUAGAGAUUGUUGAAAAUUCUAUUUUUGUUUUCCAAGUCCUCUCACCCUAGGACUCUAAAUUAUUGGGGUAAAAACAGCCUUGCAAAAGAAAGGGGAGCUAUUUUUGCUUUUUAUGUUUUUUAUUGUUAAACUUGUAUCCCUUUAAAACUAAAAGAAAAUGUAAAAAAAAAUAUAUAUAAAACAUAAUGGUGCUUUUACCACAAUAUGUUAACUACAUUAAAUGCUAAGUAAUCAUUUUCUGUUAUCAAAGCACAUAACUAAAAUGAAAUCAUAAUAUCUUAAUUUUAUAAGCUAAAGUCACUAUUAAUGGAGUAUGCCAAUUCAGACAAAUGCUACACGUUCCCUACACAUAGGAUUUUAUCAGACCCCUUAGAACCUGUCAAAAAUUGUCCAGUCGUGUCUGUGUCAUUUUGAAUACUUGCACCUCUGGACUAAACACUGAGUGAACUGGGGUUACAGCACUUGCUGAAUAAAUACAAUUGGAUCAUAAACUUCAUGUAUGUUAUGUACUUAAAAAUAGAAAAAGACAAAAAAAAAAGCUUAAAAAAUACAAAACAAACAGAAUACAUGUGAUUUUUUUUCUACCAGACAGCGGAGCAUCCCUUUGCUUCGCAUGCAACUUUAAGAAGGUUUCCUAUACUAUACAUAUAUAUUAUACUGUCCAUUUGGCAAGUCUGCCAAUGUGGAAAAAAGUCUCUGCAUGUUCUAGUGUUAGUAACUCAUUUUUAUAUAGUUAUAGUAGGAUAAAGUAGAGUGCAUUAAGACAAAACAUUUUAAUCCCUAAACCAGGCACUUGCCUUUUUACCCCAUCACCUGUACAGUGAAAAUAGGGCCCACUUUUAUGUUUUUUGGUAGUGAAGUUUGGACUUAAACUCUGUUUGGUCAGUCCUGUUAAAGGGCUUUUACUACUGUCCCAAACAAUCAAGUCAAUGAAAUUUCAUGGGAAGACACUUUGCUCCUCAUCUCUUUUUUUUUUUUAUAAAACCCCUAAACUUUCAAGUGUUUUAUAUUUUUAGUUUCCUCUAAAAUCUUAAGGUCCUAGGUGUGGGCCUGCAAUGUUGGAGCAAACCUGCUGGGCAUUGCAGGCUCUUCUAGUGCUCUUGGGGGUUCAUUUGCACGAAGAUGAAAAGUUUCCAUAUCAAUGUGCCUUGCCCUGGAUAGUGAUUAUUUGUGGAAUUGUUGCACAUGUUCCUAAAUAGGUAGUGGGGAGAGACCUCCCCAGCCACUCGUCUUGGAGACACUUUUUAUUUCUUCUUGUAAAUGUGAUUUUCAGGUCAGACAUGGCAGGCUUCACCACAUAGCUAUUUAGUUGUACCCCACUAAGAGGAGUAGUGUGCUUAGUCUCGUAGCAUCUGUGCUCUUCUGCUUAGGAGAUCAGUAUUCUUUGGAAUGUUUGCUGCAUUGUGAAAUUUUAUUUGGAGUCUUCCUAUUAUUAUUAUUAUUAUGUUUCCCGAUCAAUGAAAAUAUGCAAUACCUGCUUAUAUUGUGUAGUUAAAGCUUAGCAGAUUCGUUUUUUGUUUUGUUUUUUUUUUGUUUUUUUAAUUUGACCAAAGUUGGUGCUGCACUUGAAGCAGUGUAUUGUUAGGUGUUUAGUCAUUGUAACUUUGUGACUAUGAAUGCACAUGCAGGAGGGGCCUCUUAGAGAAGCAGUCAGACUGUGAAGCACUAAGCUGAACCCUGCUUUGAGCAGUUUUUGUGUUGUAACUGUUCCUAUCACAAGUAAGCCUUAAAAGAAAAAAAAAUACUUCCUUUCCUUCAACUCCCACACCCCAUUUUUAUUAGCAGACAGCAAUCGAUCCACAUUCAACAUAAAGAGGUUACAAUGCCCAUUUUUAUAUGCACGUUUUUAAUCUUCCAAGUUCUGAAAUUUGUUUACUGGUUCUAUUUUAAGAAGAAAAACAAAAAAAAUUAAAAGGUUUUGGAUUUUUUCAUAUAUGUGUCUGAAACGUGGUUGCGUAGGUGUGUGGCGUGAUUGUUAGUGAAUGGUAUCCACUUCCUGUAGCCAGCAUCCCUUGCCUUCCCUCUAGCACUUAGCUGGGCAUUACCUAAUGACAUAUGUGCACUAAACUCGCAGCUUCCAGUGCUUCACAGUGAAGGGAUAAAAGCCUAGACAAACAUUUUGUCAGAACCUUGCUCUAUGCCAAGGUGUUACCAGUAAUUUGGUUGUAUAUACAAUAAAAUGCACCCUUUUAUAAACAAAGCAAACUAAGCAAUAGUUUGGGCAGUUCUAGUUUUUUGUUGUUUUGAUUUUUUUUUUUGGUUUUGGUUUUCUUUCUAUUUGUGAGAGUGUUGUAGUCAUGGCUGCAAUGAGAAAGAUCAAACUGCCCACUCAGAUAUGUAAUUUGUAUGUUGUAUAGUUUUAUUGAUUACACUGAUUUAUUCUACCCUAUUUUAUAAUGCAGGACUUUUGUAAUGUUGUUUAAAUGAGGACAAAUUUCUGUCAUUUAGCUUAGCAGAUUUCUGAUUGUUUGUUAUAACGGCAGCGUUCCUAGACUUUUUUUUAUAUUUUUUUUUCUUUUGGGAACUGGAUUUAAGUUAAAAACUUUCCUGUUUCCAUUUUUGUAUGUAUUUAAAUACAGUUAUUUUUCUUCUCUCAAAUAGUAUAGCAUAUUCCUAUACUUGAGAAGUAUGGGCCACUGAAAUAACCAUUUAAAAUGGACAUUACAGGUAUGCUGUAUAUUUGAUGGUGUUUUCUCUCUACGUUUGCUGAAUCAAAGGUUAGGGACUUCUGAACAGGUCUUCAGACAGAAAAAAAAUGUUUUAAAGGCUUUAAAACAUUAGAUAGGCAGUGGAACAUGUUAAGCAAGGCAGUGUGUGACAUAAUAAGCAAAGUUUUUCUUUAUCCCAUCUUAUAGCCAUGCAGAAAAUAUAGCAAAUUUUAUUCUUCCUGCAAUGAGAUGUUGUUUUGAUGUUAUGCUCUGUGAGAUACAUGCAGUUGCUCUGGUUGUGCAGAGUCAGGUCAAAUACAUUCAGUGUAGUGGGGUAAAGAGACUCUCUUUCAGGAAACCAUAGCUCCUGCCUCUACAUGUUGCUCCAGUGUGAAAGGCUACUGUCUUCAUAUCAACAGUAAGGAAUAUAUGUAUCAUAAGGCAAACAGAUAGUUCCGCAAAUCACCAGAUGAUAACUCCACAGCUAUGUUCACUUGCAUAGGUGUGUUUGCUUUCCGUAUCUCAGGAACAUUAGUUCCUGUUUUAUGAGGAUCAGUACUGGGAGUGGAGUGUUGGGUGGGUUAAGGCAUGGUCAGGUGGCUUUGGGACAUGGACAAAAUUGCCCCAUUUUUGAAAAAAACGUUCCCAAGCAAGUAUGACAAGCACUGGCACAAGUUCUGGCAGGGGUACAAGUGCAAGACCGUACAUUCCUAUCCCCACUCGCCCUUCACUAGUACAGCAUUGACUAACCCAGUUGAUGCUAUAUUAGCCACAGGUCUGUGUGCUCCAAAAAAGAGUGCAGUGGCCUGCGACUAUUUGCACACACUGAAAUCCAGUGUGCAAAGUGCAAAAAAUGCCUGGUCGUGGCCUUUUUUUUUACUUUGCAAAUGAGCCUCAUUGGGUAUGGUUUUGGGCUACUAAAACCAUAUCUCAAGGUGUGCCAUGCCAUGCAGAGAAACUCUAUGGCAGUGAUCAUCCCUGUCCUCAAAGUAAUCAACUCUGACCGCUGAAAAACAUAUUGGAGAGUAACCAUAAUGAAAAGAACCAUAUACGUAUUAUCAAUCUUCUUAACCAAACAAAAGGAACAUUAGCCAAACUCACAGCAAAUAAUCUGUAUACUAUGACUUUUAAAGUGAAUUCAGUACAUUCUCUGGGGUAUUUUUAUUUUUAAAUGCCUGAAAUUUCAGACUUGGGAGCUCUUAAAAGAACUUAGCACUUAGAAAGUGGAGUUGUUGACUCGUGGCCUUAAAGGAAUACUGUCAUGGGAAAACAUUUUUUUUUUUUAAAACGAAUCAGUUAAUAGAGCUUCUCCUUCUAAAUUUGUUUACAUUUAACUGGAAUCUUGUAUUUUUUUAUAUGAACAAAAGAUCAACAUUAUCACUCUGUAUGAAGUGCACUUUCACAUGGAGCAGCAUGGAGGUUUAGCUAUCAUUUCCUUUUUAUGCCUGUCUGGAGGUUAAGAUUACUAUUAUGAAGCUCCUGUAGAUACACUACCUUUUGACUUGUUACAGAGCAGUACAGUGGCCAGGGGCCUCUCAUGUUACUGAUAUUGCUUGGUGUGAUGGCCAUAUUUAGUUUUCAGAAAUCACAGCCAGUGCUUUAUAUUGAGAACACUAAACACUUUAGAUAACUACAAUGUGUGCACUGUGCAGUAAGAAAUAUAAAAAAAGAAAAUCGAUCCAAGUCACUGGAUAAGCUAUGCAAAAUGAUGCAAUCUUGGAAUAUCCCUUUGUUGUUCAUGUUGACAAAAGACACAUGCCAGUACAUUUUAGAGUAGCAUCCUUGAUAUGUAUUUAUACUGGAUGAGGUCUUUCAUAUUUAAUGUUUUUUGUUGCAAGAAUUAAAAACAGAGUGAGAUGGUUCUUAUAACAACCAGUAUGGGGGCUGCAUAUCAGGUUGAACCAGUUGCAAACUGUAAUAAACCAUGAAUGAGGCUUAAAAGGUAGAAUUGGAUUCAUUCUGGUGCAAAAUCCUUAAUCAUAGAAGCUAACUAUUGUUACAGUUCUCUCGGUUAUACCCCUAUAGAGCAGUUACUUUGUGCCACAUUUACAUUGUUUAUGGAAGGAAUACAACUGAUGUGCAACGAAUGAAUAAAGGCCAUAUUGGAAAUAUAAAGUGUUCACAUUCAUGUUGUUUUAAUGGAUGCACAAUAAAUGUUUUUAGAGGGAAGGUUGUGAUGUCAGACAAGUGGUUGAUAUUCUGUAGAAGCUACAGUAGCUGCCUCACUACAGAUUCCCAUGGACAAUACUGCUUUCAUAAGGCACCCCCAGGAACCCCCAGGAAACUCUACAAUAAAGACUAAGCCAGUUGUUUGCUCCUAUCCAGGAGCCCAAGACCAGUAAGCAGUCCCACAAUUCACUUUACAUAUUCCUCUUCAGACUGACACAGUAAAAUUUUCCACUUGGUUGGCUUCAAACCUGCAGAGGGGUGUGUUGGCUCUUGUUGGUAUUGAUAGUAUUGACUUGUCAGUACAAUUGUAAAUCUCCCUGAAUCAGGAUGAGGUUCAUAAAGGGUUUUUUUUUAUUACCUACUGGAUCAUGUGCAUCUCCAUGAUGCAACCAGACUGUUUGUUUCAGAAAGCUUCUAUGAAUGGAAUUAUACAUUCUAUCACAGUUCAACAUGGCUUGAGCAGUACAGGUUUCUUUGGGUGUACAUGAAGAGUUCUACAAAUUAGUGUUUGCUUUCCUUAAAAUACCUGUUGUUUCCUUAUGAUAUAGCAUUUUGUAACUUCUUAGCCUUGGAAGAGAACAUGAACAUGAAACUGCACUUACAAUUUUUUUAAAUUUAGCAAUUUUUUUAUAUCUGAUAAAUAUUUAAGCACUUGCUGAGCCAUAUUCUGCUUCUAGAGCAUCAAUAAGUCUCAUUCAUAUUCUCACACAGAUACAAACAUUAUCACAACAGGGAUGUCAGUGUUACAAUGUGCCGAUCACAAACUAGCAGUAUAAUAGUCAUGGACCACACUAACUGGCAAGCUUAACAUCAUUUUCUUGUGAUAGCUUAGCGCAGGGAACCGAAAAAUGAAUAUUUCCAGAUGAAACGAAGCAAGUAACAAAGAGAGAAGAGAAUGGUCAUUCUGAGGUCUUGUAUUCCUUCCCACUUACACAGCAUAAUAAAUGGGUCAGCACCCUCACAUGUUUAUGAAGCAUGAUUAGAAUUAUGUUACUGAUCCUUGCUUCUGUUCAUGGGGUAGGGCCAUGCAUUUCUCAUUAUCUGUUAUGUACUAACUGGACUGAGCCAUUGUGAUAAUAAUAAGACUCUCUACCAUGAAAUAGUCACAUAACAUUUGGAACACUACAAUGUAGUUUAAUGAUAUACCCAUGUGGCUUUCCAGCAAGAAUAUAAUGCUUGGCCAGGGGUAACAGAUCCCUAACGUAAAACUUCUUCACAGUCAGAACAUAAAAUUAUAUUCAUUAGGCAAAUAUCUAUGUUAGGGGUUAAAAAAGAAUACUCAGUACCUCCAAUUUAUUAUGCACUUUUGUGUGCUGCAAAUGUUCCCUAUGCAUUGCACACCCAAAUGAGAAAUAUAGUUAUUCCAUUUUGCAAUAUUAAUGUUAAAGAAACACAACGUCCCCACUCACUUUAUUUAGCCCACAGUCAUAUUAAUGCCCCUAAGGUAGUACUUUCUUUUACUCUUUUUUUCUGGUUUAAACAGAUUUUGCAAUGUUAUACUACAAAAGGAAAAAAACCUUUCAAUUAAACUUAAUCUUUUAAUUAUAACUAUUAUCAUUUUUGCUCUUGUUUAUGGUCAAUAUCUUACUCAACUUUGUGUCUCUGUAAAAACUUAUGUUUGCUGUUUUCAUCAAAGUAGAAGGCUUCCACUGAACAAAACAUACAAAAUCACAACUGGCUUGAUAUUGUAAGAAGAGCUUCAAUGGCACCUAAGCAACCUCUCGAUAAUCAGACUCGCAUCACUCGCCGAGGCCUCCAAGGCUGUGCAAUUUCCUUAUAAAUUAUCUGAGUUUUUCCCCCAAUAAGAAACCCACAGUAAUUAAAUCUGAUUUUCAACCAUAGUAGGUAACAUUGAGGCUUUUCCAUGUCACCAAUUCCAAAUUCACUUUCAUGUUUUCACACACCCAUUACAUGGUGCUAUUACAGUCAGGCUAAAUGAUUUCUAAAAUCUGAUGCGUUGGGCUCAAUUCACUCUGCUUUCCAACAAUGUAAAUACAUAGCAGUGUUUAUCUGCAUGACAACUAUGCACUAAUCUAUCUAUCUGAGGAGAAAAAAAAAAAAAAGAAAUGAUCAACUUUGGUAUCUAUUUCCGUUUACUCUACAAUCCUUGCCUUCUUGGUAAUUGUAAAUGCCAGCUUUAGGACAGAAAGAAUUAUAUGAAAACCAGCAGAAUACCGGAUAUAUAAAAUGUAGUGCCUGUGAAAUCUGUAUUAUAUUGCUCUUCUGAAGUAAGACUUUUCUACACCAAUAGCCUUUGCUGUCUGUCAGAAUUCUUCUGAUAUAGCUGAUGUAAAAUAACCCUACAGUAAUAAUGCAUGUGAUUCCAUAAUGCUUAGUGAGUUGUAUGAAUAUUAUUCAAACUUAUGUUAGUCUUUUCUUUCAGACUUUGCUCUUGUCAGUUAGGUUUCAAAAUGUCACCAAGAACACAAAAAUCUCUCUUUUUUUCCUCUUCUUUUGUGGUGUUUUCAGUAUUUUGGAGAUAUACAUUACUUUCAUAAAAUUCAGUAUUACUUGUGUGUGUUUUUUUAUUGUUAUUUACAUUUUUUCCACAAGGGUAAGCAUAGAUUUUAUUUCCAUAUGAGAAAUGUGGAACUGGUGAUCUGUUAGAUUCAAUGUCUCUAUGAGAACUGUGAUGUAUAGUCAUGUGGUUUUUCUGAGGUCUCUGCAACAGUCAAGGUUAAAUUCAGACUAUGUGGUAACAGUCAGUUCUACACAAUCAUGAAGUCAACAACUAUCCAGUGCUUUCCCUGCAUUCACACCAGAAAUCCUCCUAGAAAUAAAACACAAUCAUAAUAAACGAUAUGCUUUAUGGAAAAUA